UAGACAAAUCUUAAUGUUACGACAAUUGCUGAUCCAAGCCACGCUGUAUUGCUUUCAAAACAACCUUAAAUACGCUUUAAAUUUGACCCUAAAUGCCUAUAAAAAUGUCUAUCUUGAAUUUCCUAUAGGAGAAACUGGAGCACCACCGAACCUGGGGUAGUACCGAACAGUGAUCUUUAUUUCUGAACAACUUGGACUAUGAUAAACAUUUCUUCAGUGGACAAGCAUCUCUAUAGUAUCUAUAAAUUCAUACAAGUCUCGCCCUCUGAACUAAAGUCAAAUGUCAAAUUAAAAAUUCGCAGUGAUGGGUGCUACUGCGUGUUCGGAGGUGCCCCAAGUUUCCCCUAGAAUAGUCGAAAGUCGGAAUAGACGUGAAUAUCCUAAUAUUCUUGACAUAUUGUAGGUGUUUAAUAUUAAUUUAAUCGAUUUAAUUAGAUAGGAAGUGGAUCGGUACUUAAGAGAAUUCUUACGUUGUUACACUUACUUUUUCAAUUUCGUCUAAUGAAUAUCAUCAAGUACUUGCGUCAUAAAUAUCAUUUCGCAUUUCCGUGAAUCACCGCACUUCACUAACUUUCUCUUAUGUAAUUUAUACUAUAUUUUACAAAAGCCCUCUAAAAGAUAACGAUUCCCAAGAAGUCAUCGAGACAUUAAAAUAAACACUAUUUAUAACAUACUAUUAUUUAUUUUUGAGUAUUGAUUGCCUUAUGAAAUUUCCGAUGCGCCACAUACAAUAUGGCUUUAUUUUUUUUACGUUUAUUACUCGUAAAGGAAAUUAGCAGAAUACUCUGAUUCUAUUAUUACCAUUGUUACAUACGAUUGUAAAAGUCUAAUAUUGAUAAGAUUUUUAUACUUUUAAUUGCACCUAAUUUUUGGGUAUAAAAGACGCCGAAAUAGGUGACACAAAUUCAGUUUUCUUUGAACGGUUGAACAUAAAGAAUAUACAUAAAAAUGUUUAAGAUUCUUUUAAUCUCGUUUAUGUUUCUAACCCUUGGUUGGAGUAGACCCCAGUGUCGAAACCCUGAUGAAUUCGGUCGAGGAUUUGCUGAACAAGGCAGUCCAUAUCAUUACUGGGAGUGUACAGCAGUUGGAGUUGCUGAAUUGAAACAAUGCCCAGAAGGUACAGAGUUCAAUGAGCAACAUUUAAGGUGUCUAACUCCGGGAGUCAUUGUUCCACCUCAUGAAAGCAACCCUCAGCUACAAUGCGAAGAUGGGUUUGCUGCAGAUCUAUCGGUUGAUCCUCCGGUUUGUAUUGAACUUGUCUGCGAAAGGAAUCAAAUUGUAGUGCAUCCUCCUAAUGGAGUGCCUGAAUGUUUUACUGUUGACUGUCCAGAAGGACAUUCUGCCACAAACAAUGGCCUCUGUGAACCUAUUCCAAAUACGCAAUGUCCAGGAGCUUCACCUGAAAGUCAUCUUACGACCGGUUACGAAUCCUGCCAAGUACCAAGCUGUACCGGAAAUGAAUUAACUGGAAGUCGUCACUUUGCAUCAAGUGACCCUACAAAGUUCUACCAAUGCAAAGGUGAAGGUGCUCCAGUUCUUAUAGAUUGUUCGCCCAAUUUAUGCUUCGAUGUUAGAUGGCAAGUUUGCGUCUUUCCACACGAUUGGACAAACUCGUGCUCAGCCCCUAUCUAAAAUGAAUCAGGUGUAUACUGAGUGGUCGCAGUGAAUAAAAUGAUUAUCUUAAUCCGUUUCCUGUUCGUCUUUAUUUUUAUUUAUUAGAUCAAGUACUUGAGUACUUGAAGUGAGAUCGAUAAGCUUUUAAUCUUAACUGGAAGCAAAGAUAAACGCAGGUAAAUAUGCGAUAAUUGACUAUUCCCACGCAACCGUGAUAAGAUUUAAUAAAUAAUGUUUUAAAACAG